UCUAUGUUUCAGACUCAACUUUAACAGCUCCAGAAUAAAGUUAGAAUGCAUAAUUAUUUCAGCAAAACUUCUCGUUUUUAUUUAUGCAAAUUCCGGAUUUUAGGAGAUGUUUGGCCAACGCGCGGAAAUCACCGUGUAGGAGAAAUAUCGCAUCCCCUCAGCGGCUUUUUCAGAUAUCCAUGACAACAAUUUGUAAUGGUGAAGAAUUCGAUACCAGGGCGCUUGGAGGCUGAUUGGGGUGCAUUGUGAGGGGCCUGGGGUCGCUGAUUGGUUCAAGAAAAGCACCAUAACUACAAGGAGUUUAUAUUCAUUCAACUUGUUGAAGUGCUCCUACUGCAGCCUGGAAAUAAGUUUGUGUGGCUUCGAGAGAGUCUGGAUUCAUCCAGCAGUAAUAUUGGCGGUGGACUUCAAGCACCAACAUGGACUGAUAUACAUGUUUUUUGCAAGAAAUGGCGAACGCAGACAGUGAGGUCAAGACGUUGCUGAAUUUUGUGAAUCUGGCAUCCAGCGACAUCAAAGCGGCCUUGGACAAGUCAGCCCCGUGCAGACGCUCCGUGGAUCACAGAAAAUAUCUGCAGAAACAGCUGAAGCGUUUUUCUCAGAAGUACUCCAGAGUCCCAAGAUGCCACACGCACAGGUCAGCGGAGUAUGGGUGUGCCAAAGCAGUGGGGACUGUUCACCAGAGUGUGAAGGCCACAGAGAAGGCCAUUUCUGAUUCUCGUUGUGUGGAGAAUGUGGGGAGCGCCGUGGAGCAGGUGCCUAUGAGGAAACGCCAACUACCAGCCUCAUUUUGGGAGGAACCUAAGUUGACCCAAACUAAGAGAGAGCACUCGCAUUUAGGACUGAAAAAAAAACCUGCAGGCACACCUGAGGGCAGUGAAAACGAAAAGAGGAAAAUGAGUUGUGAUGAUGCUAAGGCUCUGUCUGCGUCCAGUCGACGCAGCUCUGCGGAUAAAGAGACUAUGAAAUUGGACCUGACCUCUCAUCACUGUGUGAGCGUGUGCGGCUGCUGCCCCUUCCAGUACCACGGCCACCAGGUCCUCCACAGUCACAUUGUUGUCCCCCAUCCUCCCCUGGGACUGUGGAGCAAAACAGCGGACACAGAGAGACCUGUGCAUCAUUAUGGACAGAAAAUUCACACGCACGUUGUGGUCAAACCAAUACCGACCAAACCCACCGUCCAGUCACCGAUCUUCAGUGUGUUUGGAUUCAUUUAAUUAUCCUACUAAUGGAAUCGGUCACACACAAGCUGUGUAAAUAGGACUAGUUGUUUUCAUUCUGUGUUCUACACAGCCGACUCUUUAUCUGUCAACAUUUGUACACGAGACACUUCCUCAAGCACUUAUUUCUAUUUGUAAUGUUUAAAUCUAAAGGACUAAGUUGCACAUGAGAAUAACUUCAAAUAACUUCAAAUCAUGUUCACUUAAAUGCCGUCUGAUGCCUUCCAAGUAUCUGAAAAGUGACAGUAAGUUCAAAAGUUUCUACUUUUAGGUUUCUCCAGAGAAUCUUUUUUUUAGUACCAAACCUCAUGCAAAUGAAUGAGAACAUCCGGUUUUCUCUUUCAACAAUGAGAAUAGAAUGUGGGACAUAGAUUGCUUUUUCUUUGUCAAAGUAAUGUUUGAUAGGCACAUUUGAAACACAAUGACUUUUAUUUUUAAAUAAAUGAUUCCAGAACUCC